AUGGAGCACAACCGGGCGCCUGCGUUGAACUUGAAUUUCGCGACUUUUUGCGAAGAGUUGAAAUUACCGAGCUUUGAAGACUUUCGAGUCCAUUGGCAUGCGAAGAUGCUCGCCGCAAAAAGAUAUUUUGCCGUCCUGGACAACGAACUUAGUCUUUCGCUGCAUCUCGACACGGAUCUGUACGCAAGUAUGCUGGAAUCCAGCAUCAGGCAGGACUUCAGUAGCGAGCGCCCUCGUGUUGUUGAAAAUGGUGGGAGUUUUAUUCUCAGUUGGAUCGAUGUGGUCAGGGAGACGACCGAUGAGUCCUUCAAGGACGAAGGAAAUGGCUUGUUCUCCUGCUACCUUCGCGGGUGUAAGGUCCAAAUGCCAGCCAAGGACCGCGAUCGAAUCAAGCAGUAUUACUCGAUUCCGAUUGCGCGAAAUCUGCCACAGCCCCAAGACAUUCGGAUCGAAAGAGACACUAUUUCCGAUGUGCGCAAGCUUCUUGCCCAGUGCAAACAAGACCGCGAAGCAGCGGCCAAAUUCGAGGAUAAACUGGAUGAUUGUUUGAGCAAGCGUGACUUCCAGCUUCGCGAAUAUCAAGAAAACUCUUUAAGAUUGGCUCAGCUCGAGUCGUCUCCCCGCAAGCUCUCUUCGAAACUCGGAACAGAACUCAUGAGUGGGCUGUCUACGCAUGAGUCGCCUGAAAACGGGGGAAGCCGAGCCGUAUCGUCGCAAACACAGCCUAAACAUUCCAGUACAUUCUCCGCAUCGACACCGGUGCCGCAGUGGUCUCGGGGUGCGCUGUCGCCGACAGUGAAUUCCAAUGGAGUCAGUGAGCAAGGCCCUACCACCCAUGGCAUCGCAGCUUCUGGAGGGACCGGAACGGAAUUACCCAUUUCGGCCUCAAUACCUGCCAGGUCUGCCCUUACCCCAAUUGCGCCUUCCAAACAGGCUAUGCCAUCCCAUACGCAGCAGACCCCACGCUACCAAUCCGCCACUAGUUCUCCAGACAUACCCAUCUCCGGAACUAAGCAUCGCAUCCCCUUUUCAGAAGAGGAAAGACUUCAUAGUAUUCGAUUUAUCUCUUUUCUGAUCGACAAAAAGGUGCCAUGGAGCCGGAUUCCAUCCGUUUACGCAGAAAGAUUUCGCGUUCAUCGGACCCAGGCAUCUUUGACCAUGAGAUAUUACAGCGCAACGAAGGAGGAGCGCGUACCGAACGGAUAUCUGGCACUGGAUCUGCGUCUGAAUCCGCGCCUCAGGAAGCUGGUUGAAGAACUGGAGAAUUGA